CAAAAUCUGGCGGGAACGGCUCUAAACAGUGACUCGUCGGUGUAGCAUAACAUUGAGAGGAGCGAGCAGAAGGUUCUCCAGUGAAAUAUCACAAAGCACACCAAUGAGUAGAGAAUCUACUGAGCCAUCGACACAAAACAUGGAAACCGCUGAAGAUUACAGUAAUUCUGUAAUGUUCAUGGAUAUAUCAAACCCAGACAUGGAUCAGGUUGCUGUGAAAAACAACAGUAUGGGAAAUGGUGAGAGAAACACAUCGACCCAAUCAAGAUUCAUAUUAGAAUUUGAUUCCAUAUCACGUCUUGGCAAUGGAGGCUUUGGUAGUGUCUACAAGGCAAGAGAAAAACUGGUCAACAAGUAUUACGCCGUCAAGGUUGUCCAGUUUACAGGAAAAGCUUUGCGAGAGGUAACGGCAUUGUCAGACCUCCAUCACCACAAAAUUGUACGAUACUUCAAUUGCUGGAAGGAGGAUUCAGACUACCAGGACGACAGUUCAGUGGAGAGUUCCACCUCUUCUGAGUCCUUCAGCCAUUCAUCACCAAUGUACCUAUACAUUAAGAUGGAAUUAUGUGACACCAGAACACUGGAAAGCUGGAUAAUGGAGAGGAAUGUAGAACAUCAGCAAGACUCCAAACGAAGAGAAGAAAGUCUAAACAUCGUUCAACAAAUAGUCAGUGGAGUCGAGUACAUUCACUCCAAAAAACUCAUCCACAGGGACCUAAAGCCUUCCAACAUCAUGUUUGGACAAAAUAAAAAAGUAAAGAUUGUGGAUUUUGGCCUAGUCACCACUGAGGCUGAUGACAAUGACAACAAUCUGAUGGAGAGAACUAAUAGAACAGGAACCAUAUCCUACAUGGCUCCAGAACAACAUGGGAAAACCUAUGACAGAAAGGUGGACAUAUUCGCGUUGGGGCUUAUAUACCUUGAACUCCUUUGGAAAGUCUCCACUGGCUCAGAAAGAGCAGCCAUUUUCAUGGAUGCCAGACGAAAGAACUUCCCUACACAGUUUACAUCAGAGUUUUUCCAAGAGCACCAAAUAAUCAAGUCAAUGUUGCAUGAGAAAACAGGAGACCGACCUGAAGCUACUGACCUGAAAAUGGAGCUUGAAAAUUUGUCUCUCAUACUCAGUGCCCAAAAAGACACUGCAAGUUGUCCAUUUGCCUGACUCAGUCGGACUACGGCUUGACCUCGAUUAAAUGGGGUUGAUAACUAUCGUAGAUUUUGUGUCCCUGGCAGAAAUAAGAACAAUGAAAAUAUGUUUCUUUUGUCACACUUACCUGACACCAAUAGGAACAUACAAAAAAUUAAUUUGAGAUGAAUCAUCAUUUUUAUUAUCUAAAAUGUGGCCUUAAAUGUAUGGUUUUUGCUAUAUUUCCUUUGUCCCUGGGCCAGAUUUUGGACAUGCACCCCCCUCUUAAUAUUGAAUUAAAAUGUGUUAAAAUAUUAUCUUUAUAUACAAAAUACAUAUAAAUUCCUAGUUCACAGAAAUGUAUCAUGUGUUGUAAGAUAUAUUAGUAUUUUAUGUCUUUUUUGAUAAAAAAAAAAAAGACUUGUCCCUUGAGGGUACUGUCAUUUCCACCUUGCGUUGCAAAAUGUGUGGUAGAAAACUAAAAGUUUCAGAAGAACUUUACUGCUCAAAACCCCUGGUAGUUCAGCAGUUUGAUAGAUAAAUGUGUCAUUUCCAUCACAAAUGUUUAAUAUAACCUUUGUUUUUAAAACGUUUAAUGAAAUGUCAUGCACAGAUGUACCCAGUGUAUUCAUUAUAAGGAUUUAUAUAUAUAUAUGUAUAUAUAAUAUAUUUCCAUUGUUUAGAUGACAUACCUUUUAAAUAUAACAGACAUUUAUUUGUUAAUUUUAUUGUUUUGAAAGUUCAUGUCAUUGCCUUAAAUAUGAGUGUAAUAUGCACAGUAUAUACUGUAUACUGAAGUAAAUAUGUGUUUGUCUUUUGUAAUGUUUUAGUUCAUCUAACUGUAAGUUAAAAACGGUCUUACUUUCAUAUGUUGUGUUGCACUGUUUGUACGAAAUGUUCAAUAAAAAAAAAGU